UACCAUUUUUCCGGCAAAUGCAUGUUUCCAGUUAAACUAUAUAUAACUUCAUAUCCAUACAGUGCUACAGAGAAUAAUCCAGACCUAAAUUUUACACAAUUUCUUGCCUGUAAACAGUUUAUUUAUUUAUCUAUUCAUUUAUUUUUAUUGAUUUUUUUUAUGUUUUUGUAUGUAACGUUCAGUCUGUAUUUACUUGGUUGCUCGGCUGCAGUACCAUAUCAACUGAUCACAGCUUGCAAGAGGAAAGGUUAUACCAGGCUUUGCUGGAAGACAUGACAGAAAAUACUGAGAUAAAGAACCCCUUAUCAUAUACGGAGGAGGGAACAUCAGAAGCUCUUUCAGAAUCAAAAUUACAUGAGAAAUGGAUGGCAUUUCCAGUGAAAAACUCACAGAAAGAUACAAAUCAAACUGAGAUAGAAGAGUCCAUAGAAAAAGGAAAUAACCAGUUAAUAGUACAAAGAGCAGCAGAGUGGGGUCUCACAGUAAAACCCACUGAUCCUGAAAGCCAAAAUUUUGCCUUCCCAUCAUGGAAUGAGGGGGGUAGACAAUCCUCGGAGAGACUCUCAGAGACUAUGAGGACAUCAAAUGAAUCAAACUCUGCCAUGGAUUCAAGUUUACCUAGAGUUUCUCAGGAGCUAAGAGAUGCAUUGUCCACUCUUAAGCAGACUUUUGUUGUUUCAGAUGCAAGACAGCCAGAUUGCCCUAUCAUGUAUGCAAGUGCCGGGUUUUCCAGCAUGACUGGAUAUUCAGUAAAAGAGGUCAUUGGAAGGAACUGUCGGUUUCUUCAGGGGCCUGACACAGAUAAGAAAGAGGUAGCAAAGAUAGGAGAAGCACUCAGAACUGGGAAGAGCUACUGCGGCAGGCUGUUGAACUACAAGAAAGAUGGAACUUCUUUCUGGAACCUUCUCACCAUAACACCAAUAAGGGAUGAAAGUGGAAAUGUUAUUAAAUUCAUAGGAAUGCAGGUUGAGGUCAGCAAAUACACAGAAGGUUUACAUGACAAAACAUUGCGGCCUAAUGCAUUGCCAGUGUCCUUAAUCCGCUAUGACGAGAGACAAAAAGACAAGGCCAUGUCUUCAAAUACGGAAGUUGUGCAGACAGUGAGACAUCCUCGAACUCACUUGGAAGCUACAGAAUUUGAUACUGCCACAAAAAUCGAUGAUAAGGAGAAAGGAAGAACCAAAUCCCCGCUUCAAGGAGCUGCAGAGAUAAAGAAUUUCAAUUCACCCGGAAGAUGGACUCCUCUGCAUGACAUGAAAAAUGAAUCUUUGAGAACAAGCAUUAGGAAAUCAGGCCGUUUAUCCUUGCUGGGCUUCAGAAGAAAAAGUUCAGCAGAAAAGAUUGAAAAUAUAAUAGAGCCUGAGAUCCUAAUGACAAGAGAUCUACAGCGCACAGAGAGCUGGGACCGUGUAGAAAGGGAAAAAGAUAUACGACAAGCAAUAGAUCUUGCUACAACAUUGGAGCGCAUUGAAAAGAACUUUGUAAUCACUGAUCCAAGACUUCCUGAUAAUCCCAUUAUAUUUGCAUCAGACAGCUUUCUUGAAUUGACAGAAUAUAGUCGGGAAGAGAUUCUAGGAAGAAACUGCAGGUUUCUUCAAGGACCUGAAACGGAUCAAGCAAUAGUCUCAAAGAUAAGAGAUGCUAUAAGAGACCAAAGAGAACUCACUGUUCAACUUAUUAAUUACACCAAAAGUGGGAAAAAAUUUUGGAACUUAUUUCACUUACAACCUAUGCGAGAUCAAAAGGGUGAGCUUCAAUACUUCAUUGGUGUACAACUUGAUGGAAGUGAUCAUGUUGAACCCCUUCACAAUCGCCUCUCCGAGAGAACAGAGAUCUAUGGUGAAAAAAUGGUUAAAGCCACAGCAGAGAAUGUUGAUGAGGCUGUCAGAGAACUUCCAGAUGCCAACUUGAGACCUGAAGACUUGUGGGAAGGCCACUCAAAUCCUGUUUUUCCAAAGCCUCACACGAAAAAUAAAUCUUCAUGGAAAGCGAUAGAAAAGAUAACUGAAAAAGGCGAACAAAUCAGUUUGAAGCAUUUCAGGCCAAUCAAACCUUUGGGCUGUGGGGAUACUGGAAGCGUACAUUUAGUGGAACUGGAAGGCACAAGUGAACUUUUUGCUAUGAAGGCAAUGGAUAAAGUAGUUAUGAUGAACCGCAAUAAGGUACAUCGAGCAUGUAUUGAAAGGGAGAUUUACUCAUUGCUGGACCAUCCCUUCCUUCCAACAUUAUACGCUUCUUUUCAGACAACAACACACGUUUGUUUGAUAACAGACUUUUGUUCUGGAGGAGAGUUAUUUGAAUUGCUUGAUAAACAGCCCAUGAAGAUUAUUAAAGAGGAAGCUGCAAGGUUUUAUGCUGCUGAAGUUAUUGUUGGCCUGGAAUACCUUCAUUGUCUAGGAAUAAUAUAUCGCGAUUUAAAGCCUGAGAAUAUACUACUCCAGGAAAAUGGACAUAUAAUGUUGAUGGAUUUUGAUCUAUCGAUUCUGACACAUUUUAAACCCCAAGUCAUAAAGCAUGCAACACCGACAAGAAAAAGAUCCAAAGGCCAUCCUCCUCCAAUCUUUGUUGCAGAACCAAGCACACAAUCAAACUCUUUUGUAGGAACAGAAGAGUACAUAGCUCCAGAAUAUUACUAUAUGAGAUGCUGUAUGGCCGUACACCAUUUAGGGGAAAGAACAGACAAAAGACAUUUGCCAACAUUUUGUACAAAGAUCUUACGUUUCCAAGCAGCAUACCGCCUUACAGCAAGGCAGUUAAUAAAUGGAUUGCUGCACAGAGACCCAGCCUAUCGUUUGGGAUCUAACACUGGUGCCAACGAAAUCAAGCAGCAUUCUUUCUUUCGUGAGAUCAAUUGGCCACUCAUUCGUUGCAUGAGUAUUCCUGAGCUAGAUGUUCCUCUUCAAUUAACUAGCAAGGAAACAAAUUCCAACGCUAAAGAUGAAAAAUUAUAUAAUGAUGUGUGUUGAUCCAGAGUAUGAAACUUUUAUGAGGUAACAAACAAGCAGAGCGGCUAAACUUUUCUUGAAUUUCUUAUCAAACAUUUCCUUAUCCUAGAUUCUAGUAAAAAUUAAACAGAGAAGCGCUAAGAGUUACAUAUUGUACAAACUGCUGACAAGUUUUGAAUUUUGGCGUGUAAGUUUCAGGUGGUAGAUCGGUAAGGAAAACAAUAUGUGCUUA